CAAUUAACAGUUCAUUACUCACUAGCACUAUCCAAUAGACAUAAGUGUUGUUAAAUUAAAAUGAAAGGAGUUUUGUGUGUGAUAAUAUUACUAUUUCAGACUGGGCCUGCGUUUAAUCAAGUGGUUCGGAAUGUGAGAUUUCUCCAGCACUCUACCUAUAUGCUGAAGGUCGUCGAGGAAACGGUGCACGAUAUUGAGAACAAUGGAUGGUGUAAUCUGAAAAUCCCAGAUAUCAAUGAGAAUAUCAGCUUCUUCUUGAUCGAUCGCAAUAUCACUGGUACAGUUACAUACAAAAACGGAUUUUUACACACAAUCGAACGGGUUGACGUACUCGGCAGAAGUGUGCAACAGCGAUGGGUCUGGAACGCAUCUGUAGCUUCUGUCGUGGCCAGCCUAGAGAGCCAGUUGCAGCUGCACAACGCUGUGCUUGGAUUCGAUGUGGUAGCCCAGAUUGACGGGAAAACACGGCACUACACAGCCAGCGUCAUGCAUAAACUGAUAGCGAUAAAUUUUGCAGUCGUUACCUACAUGAACUUGAACGAAACAACAGAUAUCAGAGUGAAUGUAGUAAGACCUGAUGCUCCUAGUACAAAAAUCUCCUACAUCCCUGAUGAUGAGUACAGCGACAUGAUUGGAGCUAUGUACGACCCAAACUCUACCCGUGACCCCGUCAUGCUGUGGGCGCACACAAUACAACCCAUGAUGGAGGAUGUCGUCACACAUAGGGUCGUGUUCCCUACGAUAUGUUACAACUGCGCAGCGUAGACGAACUAGCAAAAAAAUAACAUCAUCAGGCUAUAGACGUCCACUACUGGACAUGGAACUCUUGCGGUUUUCGAGCUGUUCUGAUAAAUGAUUAGAAUUAAUAUUGAUAAAAUUGGUAUAUUUAAGUAAAAUACUAAAAAUAAACUAUUUGUUAAUUGACAAUGGUAUGAGUACGCGCGCUAUGGUAGCUUGUAGCUUGCGAACUAACUUAUAAAAUCAUUUUGUGCAAUAAUGUAAAAUGAGGUAAGUUGAAAGUUCUGAUGCGGGAAAAAUGCAUUGUACGAAGCUAGCUCGUACAUGUGGGGACCUCCACAUCAUCUUUUUUUUCAGUACGACCAUAAUCCGAACUCCCUCUAUUGGAUUAAGUACAUAUACUUUUUUAAGUUUAGUUCACUUUAAUUUUUCGAGUCCCUUUUCAGAAAAUGUAUGACAGUAUAAUUUAAGUAUCAUCGAGUUUUUAUUUGAUAAUUUUUAUUGUCAUUCAGUGAUUUAUGAUAGUAAUUUUAGAUUGUUUGGUGGUUCAAUUUGUCUGAUGAUUUAUAUUAUUUCUAUGCACCAAGUGAACCUUAAUAAUUACAUAUUUAGAUAGAGUAGGUAAGUUUUAGGAUAAUUCUAAUUUGAGGAGCUGGUGAACAAAACGAUAUAAUUACAUCAAAUUAAAUUUUACAGGAGCAGUAAAAAUCUUGAUGACAUACCUACCGUGAGCUUUUGGUGUGAUUUUUAAUUUAUUAGUUUUAACACUAUUUUAGGCG